ACACACACACACAGUGUGACAUCUCCCAUCCUGCGCUGCGCAUCGCUCACUGUCCUGCAGCAACACGGUCCACCCACACGUCCAGGCCCACUUUUUCCAGGGGAGCAGCAGCCGUGUCGUCGCCCCACGAUGGAUGCACUCAUGAAGGGCUUCUCCAUGGCCAAGGAGGGCGUGGUGGCCGCCGCCGAGAAGACCAAGGCCGGCAUGGAGGAGGCUGCGGCCAAGACCAAAGAGGGGGUGAUGUAUGUCGGUAACAAGACGAAGGAGGGCGUGGUGUCAUCAGUAAACACGGUGGCCAACAGGACCGUGGACCAGGCCAACAUCGUGGCAGACACGGCCGUGUCCGGCGCCAACGAGGUGUCGCAGGCCACGGUGGAGGGGCUGGAGAACACCGCCGCCUCAACCGGGCUCAUCAACCAGGGAGAAUACGAGCAAGGCGGCGAAGGCGGCGAGGGUUAUUAGCUCCUGUCAGGACUCGGGCCCCACCCGGGCCCCACCCGGGCCCCACCCGGGCCCCCUGGCGCUCCAAGACUCCAAGUGUCCUGUUCUGUCAUUUUAGUUCUAUGUUUUUUGUGACUUUUAACGGAACCAAACCCGAGUGGGUGUGGGACUCUUCCGGACGCGACAGCAGCGGCAACGUCCUCGCCUCCUCACUUGUGUCACGCCUUGUCCUGAUUACGCACCCUUGUCUUGUUGCCACCCGCACCAACCACACACAAACAUGCAUGAAACACACACACACACACACACACACACAUAAUACAAAGAUACAACAAUUAGGAUGAGAAAAUUGUUACUAAUCAAUCAGCAGCAAUAAGUACCACCUCACACAACUAUCAAUACACUUACUGUAUAUUCACUUUUUGUUGUUGUGUACCUUUUGGUUUGCAUGGUGUCAUCUUUGUGUGUGUCUGUGUGUGUACGGGAGGAGGAAUUGUGUAGUUCUACUAGCACCAUUUCACUGUAACAAUUCAAUAAUAGAAUCACUCGCUGUUAACCUGCCCAGCUUAUUUGUGUGUGUGUGUGUGUGUGUGUGUGUGUGUGUGUGUGUGUGUGUGUGUGUGUGUGUGUGUGUGUGUGUGUGUGUGUGUGUGUGUGUGUGUGUGUGUGUGUGUGUGUGUGUGUGUGUGUGUGUGUGUGUGUGUGUGU